UUUGACAUCUCUAGGGUAGCUGCAGAUGAAGUCAUGACUGAUGAGAUUUAUUCCCUGAGCUUUGGAGGUUGGAUUUCUAAGAGUCUGUUGCCGGUUGUGCUGUGUCAAAUGGAAAGCUAAUAAAUUCAAGUGAGGACAUAAAAGCGAUGCUCAGUGUUCCAUAAUCUUUUCAAACUGAUGGUCUUCAAUUGGAAAAGCCUUAACUGCAGCUUAAAGAACCCACAAGUAUAUGAUGGGAUACAAGGUUCUAAAUGGCUUCUAAGAAGUUGGGAUCCGACUCUCAUGGGCCUUUCAGUUAUCUUGAUGACGUCCCGUUUAAGAUAGGAGACAAAUUUAAAACCCCUGCGAAGGUUGGAUUACCCAUUGGUUUCUGCCUGCCUGAUUCUUCUCAGCUUGUCAGAGAAGCCCAGUAUGACUUCUCCCUGGAAAAGAAAACAAUCGAGUGGGCUGAAGACAUCAAAAAAAUUCAAGCUGCCCAGAGAGAAGCUGAACGCAAGGCAGAAGAAGCAAUAGCAAACUCAAAAGCAGCCCCAGAGGACAGCAACAGAAUGGGGUUCUCAGAGGGACCUUGCCCUGAGGCCAUGCCUCCUCCUAUCAACCCCAUCCUUGCUAGUCUGCAGCACAAUAACAUUCUUACUCCCACGCCAGCUGACAGCAGUGCUGUGAAGCAGAAAGUUCUUAGUCCACCUCGCCCCAAGGCAGACUUCAACCCAGCUGAUUUUGAAUGUGAAGAAGACCCAUUUGACAAACUGGAAUUAAAAACUAUCGAUGAUAAGGAGGAGUUAAAAAACAUUCUGGAAAUCCACGUGGGUACUACUGGGCCUGUUGUUGCCCAGCUGUUAGACAGCAGUUUGCCCAAGGGAGGGUCUGAGUCUGUGCUGCAAGAUCAGGAGGUUCUGGCAUCCAUAGAAAGGGCCACGUUGGACUUCAAGCCCCUUCACAAACCCAAUGGCUUUAUCACUUUGCCGCAGUUGGGAAACUGUGAAAAGAUGUCCUUGUCUUCCAAAGUGUCCCUGUCCCCCAUCACUUCAGUGAGCAAUAUCAAAUCCCUAUCCUUUCCUAAACUCGACUCCGAUGAGAGUGAUCAAAAAUCAUCAAAGCUCAUGAGCACUUUUCACAGCACUACCUGUCUCCGCAACGGCACUUUCCUCAGCUCUUUGCAGGCCUGUGCUCAGACUAAAGCUAGCGAACUGAACGGACACCAUGUGGUUGGUCUGUCUGCUUUAAACGAGGACAGUGGCAUGGAGACAUCGACGUUAUCCUCUUCGACCAGGCUGCCUUCCCUGGCUGUGUCAACUGUUUGUACGGAAGAAGAGUCGUCUCAAAGCACAGUGACCACGGUACACCCAGACAACAAGGAAACAGAAAUGCCUAUGGUAAUGCACCAAAAUUUCCCAGCGUCUCAAGUGCCCAAUAACACCGGCUGCGCAAAGCGGUCGGGUGGCCCUGCUCCUGAUGUACAGCAGGCCCUCUCUGCCGGCGAGAGGCAGUGCAUAGAGACCGUUGUCAACAUGGGGUACUCGCCUGAGAACGUCCUGAAAGCCAUGAAGAAGAAGGGAGGGAACAUAGACCAGGUUUUGGAUUACCUGUUUGCACAUGGACAGCUUUGUGAGAAGGGCUUUGAUCCACUUCUUGUUGAAGCAGCUUUGGAAAUGCAUCAGUGUUCAGAGGAGAAGAUCACAGAACUUCUCCAGCUAAUGAGUCAGUUUAAAGAAAUGGGCUUUGAACUAAAAGACAUUAAGGAGGUCUUAUUAUUACAUAACAAUGACCAACACAAUGCUUUGGAAGAUCUAAUGGCCCGUGCAGGAGCCAGCUGAAAACACAUUCCUGGGAUCUCAGCGUGCCACGGAGCAGGACUAGCCCCGCCACCUUCGCAUCCAAUGUGACUUGCUCUCGGCAGGAAGGAGUCCGGCUUUUCACACACAUGGGAGAGUGACUGAGCAAGCCUACCUGCGUGCAUCACUCCAGCAUUUCUCUUUCCACUGGGAGCCAACUUUCUUUCUUAAAUUAAAUUUUUUAAGUGUCCUUUCCUAAGUUUCCUUUUUUCCAGCUUGGCCACGGAGAGUUUAAACUGCCCAGCCGCUACUGGAAUUGUACAUAGGCAGAGACUGGUGUGGUUGCCCCCACUGUUGCACUGGAGUUGGACAGAAGAAUAUGAAGUUGGUUCUGAAACAUAGGAUGCUUUGGUUCUUUGAAGCUGCUUUCAUGGUGUCUGCUUGUACUGAAUUACUUGACUGUGUCACAGUCCAGAUUAACUGGUUAAAUUUGACCUUUAGUGCAAUGGAAUUUUAUUUUUUGGUUGAAAGUAAGCCUAUAACUUAGUAAAAACACUGGUUCAGAAACUGUCGCUAUGCAUAAAGAGAAGCUGUUCCUCUUGUGUUUUUUUUAACCCAUGCAUCCAACACUUCUGCCAGACACGAGCGUCCAAUGCUGAGCGGUGUAUAAGUUUGCUUGGAGCGAGUAAGCUGUGAACUCGACCUGGACCUGCAACUUCUGGUGGUUCUUGAACCCGAAGGCACAGAGCUGGGGCUCAGUAUUCUUAAUCCCCCAGGCUUAUAGGAUAUUUAAGAAAAAGUUCUGCUAGGAAAUCAACUAUCUUUUGUUUUAAAUAAUACUCAGUGUGAUGCAGGAGGUUUCUUUCAAGCACUUUCUUUAAAAACAAAUAUACUCACUGCAUUAGUUCCAUUUUCCACACUGCUGUAGAAUUACAUAAUAACAUCUAGUACUAGAAAUCAGGUUUUGGGUUGUUUUUGGUAGUACCGAGUAUUAUGUUGUACACUGUUCAAGUUCUAAAUACAUAAAAUAUCAUCAGUCUUGAGCAAUCUUUAAAGUAAUUUGCUAAAUAUUUUGAUUCUGCAGAAGAACAACUAAUAAAACCCUCAAAUGUAACUCCCAGUGUCAUGGUUCCCAUCUCUCAUGCUCUUUGGCUUCAGCAGAUGAAGAACUUGCUGGAUCCUGCAAGCCCAGGUGCUGCCUGCUCCUGUGGGCACGCACGAACAUGGUCUGCGUUGGGCGAACAUGGUCUGCGUUGGGCAGAGCUACCUGAGGUCUCCAGGCAGGUGGCUGCAGUGGUGGAAGCUAUUGCUUUUUUUCCUGUGGCUUUUUUUAAUUAAAAAAAAAAAAAACCAAACAAGCCUAGGGAUCGAAACUCAUGUUAGAGCAUGGAGCUGGGAGCAUUGGACUUUGGGAGGGGAAAACAGCUCGGCUCCUUGCCUUGGGUCAGAUUUUCAGUAGGAGGUUUUGUAGUUCAUCAGGACCCUGAAGGAGAUGGCAUCAGUCUCUGUUAUGCUAUUAACUUUGUACAGCCAAAGCAUCACCUCUGGGGCCACUGUUAACUCCGGGAAUUCUGUGAGGAGGACAACAAUGUUAAUUACAUACCUUUAUUUAAAACAAAAUGAUGUUGAGGGGAGAUGCACCUGUAAGUAUCUAAGAGAUCUGGAGAAGAAUGAUGAGCGGGACCAGGGCAGACUUCUUUGUGUUGUAUCCUGUAGCACCGAGCUUCACCAGCUUCUAGUGCUGGGGCUGAGAAAAACUUGUCCAAGGACAUUCACCAGCGGAUGGUCAGCAAUUAAUAUCAAGUUUGGGCUGCUUCUGGGGGCUCAGGUUAAUCAGGUGCCCAGCUUUCCUUCCCCAGUGAGAAAUGUGACAGUUUGAAACAAGGAAAUGGAGUUCUGAUCAGUCAGAAAAGCUGGAAAACAACAAUAAACCUGCUUUACUGUUACUGCUGUGCGUGUUUAGUUGUGUUGCUUGUCUCUGGUUUCUCAGAGUUAAUAUCCAAACAGGUUCCUGUCUGGUACUCGGCAGUCCUGAGCAGGCAAGAAGUCUUGCCGGUGAAGAAGCAAAACUACUUAGACCAAACCUCUGAAUAAAAUCAUCUCUUUGGUUAA